AACUCUGCAAAAGAAGUUCUUUAUGGAAGGUGUUUUUUUUUUUUUAUGUUGCAAAAUCAGAGCAAUGGGAGGUAGGAGGGUUCUGUUGGAAGGCUGUGAUUAUGAAGAGUUGAAAAUUUUGGUUGAAUCUGGCCAAGAUUGGCUUGGACAAUAGUUUGAGGAAAUCAAACCGUGGUCUCCAACAAUGGUGGCAGUGGAGAGAUUUGUGUGGAUUAAAUGUUUGGGGUUGCCGCUACAUGCAUGGAAGCUAGAAUAUUUCCAAUCUUUUGGAAAUUUGUGGGGAACUUUUGUCUCCUUGGAUGACAGUACCAGUAGGAAAAAACGCCUUGCUGUUGGUAGAUUUCUCAUAUCAACACCUAUGAUGGAAAACAUUUCAAAGAUCUUAUCCAUAAAGAUUAAUGGAGCUCUAUAUAAUGUCAAAUUCGUCGAGGAGGAGUCAAGCAAUAGCCUUUAUGUAAUGAAAUCAGAUUUUCAAAUCAAUGACAGGAGUGAAAAGGGAGAAGAUGAGUCAACAGAGGAUUCCGAUGACAUGGAUCAUUGCUGGUUUGGUCAAGACCCUGAGCAAAACAGCGACGGGGAAAAAGAUGAUGACAUGGCAGCCCAAGGUUUUGUGCUGGAAAUAGACGUGGAGGACAAUGCAGGAUUCCCGGAUGUCGUGGAGCGACCAUCAAACAACACAUCAACAGAUGAAGAGAGAGAAGAUGAAGCUUCUAUGGCACAGGGAGCAACUGAUUUACCUGACAAGGCAAAAGGGCAUACAAUGGGUAACUUAGAAGACUUAACAAGCAAACACUUAAUUUGUGGUGGGCUCGAGGAUGAAGAGAGACAGAAGAGUGCAGAGAUGGAUGUCAGUAGUGUGAAUUUUGGGGAAGGAAACAUUUUCAAACAGGGGGCAAUUGAGGAGGAUUCAAGGGAAACCAAUUCAAAUCCCGCAACGGUAAAAGGCACCUACAUCGUUAAAGCUCUGCUAAUGAAAAAUGAAACAAGCAUUAGGCUAGUCAGGCCCAAUACCAUCGCCAGAUCCACUAAACAGAAGAAAAAGGACAGUCGUCACGUGAGGCUAAGAGAAGUUGACUCCUUUUGGCAAGAUUUGGACAGUGAUGCAGGGGAAUCGCCGGAAUGGGCGACAACAGGUGAUGGUUUUCUCGGGAUUCAAGGGUUAUGGGGACCUAAUGCUUAUCCAUGUCUAUUGUGCAAUGUGUAUUCUGUGUGUGACUUGGUGAGGAAGAGACUGUUGUGGAGAGAACUUGAGCAGGUUUGGUCAAAGUCUCAUUUACAAGAAGUGGACAGAAAAAUUGAGGAAUCUAGGGAGGAGAUAAAUAGAUUGGAUAGCAAAGGAGAAACUUGCUGUUUAACCACUAAAGACAUUACUCUUAGAAGCUCUCAUUAUACUGAGUUGUUGAAGAACAUGCAACUAAAAGAAGAGAUGGCCCAACAGAAAGCCAAGAAAAUUUGGCUAAAAGCAAGAGAUGCAAGCACCAGUUACUUCCACAAAUGCAUUAAGGGGAGAUGGCGUAGGAACGAAAUCAAUGCAAUCUCCAUAGAAGGCAAGGAGUUCAAGCAAGUUGAUGACAUAAAACAAGGAAUAAUGAAGUACUUAGCGAAUUUAUUUACUGAUGAAGGAUGGCCAAGACCAAUUUUGGAGGGGCUGAACUUCAAGACCUUAUCAGAGAUUGACAAGUGCAUGCUUACCGAGCCUUUUACAAAAGAAGAAGUUAAAGAAGCAGUAGGGAACUGUGACAGCAACAAGGCACUAGGUCCAAAUGGCUUUAAUUUCGGGUUUUUAAAGAAUCAAUGGGAGGGAAGACAAUUGGUUGACGGAGUGGUUGUAGCAAAUGAGACCAUUGAUGGGGUGAGGAAGAGCAAGACUCAGGGUUUUAUUUUCAAAAUUGAUUUUGAGAAGGCAACUGAAGGCAACAUCUGGACAAUCAAAUGCAUUAUGAGGGCAUUCAAAUUGGUGUCAGGCUUGAAAGUGAAUUACAGGAAGAGUUCUUUAAUUGGAGUCAACACUGAUGAAGAAUGGUUAAGAAAAAUGGCUUGGUUGCUAAACUGUAAAAUUGGAUCCCACCCAUGCAAAUACUUGGGAGUCCCAUUGGGUGCAAAUCCGAGUAGAAUAGACACAUGGAAACCUCUAAUCGAGACGUUCAGCAGAAAGCUCUCAGUAUGGAAAGGAAGAUACUUGUCUCUUGAUGGAAGAAUCACCCUCAUUAACUUUGUGCUAUCAAGUCUACCAGUGUUCCUAAUGUUGAGGAAGGUAGAAAGAUUGCAUGGGUGGCAUGGGAUAAGAUUGAUAGGGGGUGAGAAAGGUUUGUGGUCUAGAGUACUAAUGGAAAAAUAUGGAGGCAAGGAGGGAAAUUGUUUUGCAUGGAUGAGGGAGGGUUGGGGUAUAGGCUCAUCAUGGUGGAAGGAUGUUUGUAAACUGAAUGUAGAUAUAGGGAGCAAGGAUGGGUGGUUGGACUCUAACUUUAAAUUGAAUUUGGGUGAUGGGAAAAGAAUUAGAUUUUGGAGAGAUGUAUGGGAGGGAGGAGUCCCAAUGGCUAACAUUUUCCCUAGACUCUUUUUGUUGGCUAUAGAUAAAAAUUGCAGCAUCUAUGAUAAAGGAAACUGGAUAGAGGGGAGAUGGGAAUGCAAGUUCCAUUGGAGAAGACCACUUUGAGCAUAGGAAGAGGACAAUCUGCAACAACUGACUCAGGCCAUAGAAAACAAAAAGCUAAUGCGAGACAUUAAAGAUACUUGGAGUUU